GAUCGUGUUUACCGGCAACGGUACCGUCGAAACGAGGUUUACCUCUUUGAUACCCGAUUCCGUCUUGUUUCGUCUCCGUACUUCGGAGCUCUCUCUGGAUACUCUAGGGAGAGUAGAGACGUGCGUUCUUGUCGGUGUUCGUUGUACGGCGGGACGAAGACGCGACACUUGAAACGAGUCACUGGCAGCUGCGCCUCUUCCGUCGUUCAACCGAUACUCGACUUCUCCCCGCGGCGUCCCCUAGGUUCGCGUACCUCGUCAACUCUGCCGUGGCAAUCACCGUUUUGUCAAGAUUUUCCUUGCCAUUCCCAGAGGUGUCCCCCCAACGUACUACGUACAGUCUCGAUUCACCGCCUCCGGCGCUGCUACCGUCACCGCCACCGCCAACAGAUCGGUCCAAGAUCGCUAUCGGGCCCUGGCAAUCGAGGCGUCCGGUAGCCUCCCACGCGACCCCGUCCCUUUCCCGAUCCGACUGAAACGCGAGAGAAACGCUUUUAUUGCGAGGUGCUCGUACAGGCCGUGCGAACGGAAGUCUUGGUCACGGCUCGUCGAGUCACCGUCGCUUCGCCUCUCGACCGUUGGGUCGAUUCCUCGGCUCGCGUGCGGCCACCUGCGAGCGCAGACCUUAACCGAGCCCAAAGACCUAACCGUCUCGGAACGAUCGUUCUCCUUCGGAGCUCGUCUUCCGUUCCAUCGAUAUCAUCGCGUGUAUCCCCUGUAUCGCGUAUUACCGCAGUAUCUUCGACAGAGAUCCUCCGUCGGGAUCGAGAGCAACGGUACGGUUCAUCGUUGAUGGAACCGCAACGACGCAGUCUCGCGUGGGAAUUCCGCGGCAUCGAUGGUAGGAAGGUGGCUGCGGUGGAUCCAGAUUAGUCGGUGUCUGAGCAGAGGGUCGUAUACCGCGUCGGAGGGCAACAAAUUUCUACGGCGUUUCGGGAGCUUAUUAAGCCGUCGAGCCGAAUCUUGGUGCCGCAGCGAGCACUUAACCAGCGCGCAUAGUAUCGGCCGCGACCUCAAAGAGCUUUCACGACUCGCCUCCUUCUUGCUUCUCGCUAGCGUUAACGAUACCCCCUCCCAAACUUUGCACGCUUUAACGACUGCACGUCUACCUUCCGGGGCAGGAAGCCGAGCUUUAUUUAUUGCGAUAAACGUUAACCACCGUUCUCUCGGCCAUCUUACAAAAGGAUUACGAGAUCCCCUUACCACUCUGUCGGUCCCCUAUCUCGCUUCCCUUCGUCGCCAUCACCUCACCCAGUAGCUCGCCUUCGACUGAUUUGUGUCUCUGCAGGCUGGGGCAAGGAAGAUACCCAGAGUGGAGCCGUUGGCCGGCUCGCGACAAAUUCGACACCCGAUUUCAUCAGCGACGAUAAGCGACGCGGAUGUCUCCCAUAGGGGAAUCUCCCUAGACGUGGUCUCCUUUACACGAGGAUAGAAGUUCGAUUUGCGGCGCAGCUGUUUCAACGUUGGACGGGUUGCGAAAAGAGAAGAUAGGCUUCGUUCCAAAGCAAUAUCGCCGAUCGGUCCGCCAACGUCAGCUCUUUCUCAGUAAUUUCCUUUGGCGCAAGAAUUAUCCACCUGUAUUCAGGUCGAGUUGAAGAUUUAUUUAUUUAUUCAAUUCAGUCCUACGAUGGAAAGAAAACGGAACAAGCGCGAGAGAACAGCGUUGGAAAUUGGAUCAUAGGAAAGUGCGGCCAGCCGACGGCAGGCUUUAAUGAGUUUUGCCGCGUAAAAAAUCUAUGAACCCAAGCUUUGCCAAUAAAACGACUAUGCUUCGAAAAAGCUUACCUCGCUUUCGCGUGGCGUUGUCGAAUAAUCUUCGAUUCACUUGGUGAUUUUAGAGGAGAGAUCACUGUCUGUUUACCCGACAAGCAAUAUCGAAUAUUGCGUGUCGCAUACCGCUAUAAUAUCUAUCAGCCCUAUUAAAUGAGAGAAAAUCGAGGAAGAUCGAUGGAGAAUAGGUUCCUUGGGGAAGAGAAAUGUAGGAGGGUUCUCUAAUUGCAUCGAACGCAAGAUCCACCGUCGGAUCAGCGACGGUUCGCUGUCUUUGAUCAACUCCCUGAAGAUUCUCGCUCCCGUAUCUCUAUAGAAAUUCUCCCGAGGAAAUCAAGCUCAAACUUUGGAUACUUGGGAUGCCCCAUUCGGGCGAGUCGGUUCGUCGCUGGGAAUUUUUACGUGACGUUGUCUGCGCUAGUAAAGAAAGCUCCCGCUUUUCCCGAACGGUUGGCCUCGGGGGCGAGUUUGCAGCGCAGCAGUAGCGCCGAACCUACGCGAUCGAGUAUGCAGGCGCCGUGAAAACUUUUCCAAUCGAGCGGAAACUUUGUUCUCGUAAUUAAAGCCGCGCGAAUACUUAAUGAAUUCGCGCCGGCAUAUCGAUCGUUUCGUGCUGCUCUCGUGACACACGUGCUGCUUUCGACCUUAACCCGUUGGAAAGAGCGGCUUCCGCUUCACGAAGUCCGAAUCACGAGUCAUCUAGGAAAAGCUGAACCGAGAUGAAAGUCGCAAAAUUGUGGGCAUCUCGCGGAAAGAGGCAAGUUUAGUUCUCGUAUCACGCGAAAGGAUAACGGUCUGGAGAAGUCUAACGAAGAGACGUCUAGGGAGCUAUUUCACCUAAUUUAACUGCGAGACCUACACGAGCGCCUGAGGAGGAGAACCGAGUCUCUGGAGUCUUGAAAUCGCGAGCGCGCGAGUCUGCAUCGCGACCGCGACUUUGCUCCGGUACGAGCUUCUCAUGAAAUAAUCUACCGCGUAGAGUGGCACCAUAUGAGGAAGGGCAAACUGUGAUCAACGAGCUUGAUUGUAAAGUUAUUAAAGCGAUACUGGGAUUUCAAACACCGUGUUUGGUUCGGAUUUUAUUUCUUUCUUUAGCAUUAUGUGUAUGCGUCGAUUUCACCCUGCCUUUCAUUCGGUAUGUUUUAUAAUGAUUUUAUUUGUUUAUCUACAUAUAUCGCGGGUUCAUCGUUUAGAUAAAAUUUCAUGAAAAACACCUCUCGAUUUCUUAAUUUCUUCAACGAUUCGCCAAACUUGCUCAGGCGCCAUUAUUCCAUUACAGUGAUACCCGGUACACUCGCAAAAAUCACAAAACACUCAGGUUCGAACGUAACGGCGUCAAAUAUCGAAGUAGUACUGCUCUUUUCGCGUUGUUCAGAGUUGAAAGGCGGAUGUUCCAGGCUCUCGGGCGAUUUAUCUAGCAGGAUAUCGGCACUCUUUCGAUCGAGAGUGAGUUUCGCGAUCCGGGUACUCGGAAGCUCGAGCUUUCGCAGCGGUCAAGAGUCGACUCUUUAAUUAAUGAAUGGAAGUAAUUAAGAAACAGGAAUCUCCCGCGGGAAGUCUCGGGUGUAACGCGGCCGGCGUAUUCUCUAGAGCGUGUACGUGCCUCUGGUUCGUAGCGUAUUUGCCUUCUCCGAAGCUUCUCCCGUCGGAGGAGCUUCCUUGAAUUCCGCAAAAUAUUCAAAGUCGAUUGGCGGGAAAACGAAUCCAGUUAAGAAGGGGGGAAUAGGGAAAAGGAGAGAAGGACAGAGAUAUAAAAGACGAACCGAAGUGGAAUUUAUUAAAGGCGUGUUCGUCGGAGGUUUUUGUCGCGGUCAGGGCACGAUCGUCUAGGUGAGCUGUUCGCGCGAGGCUGGACGAGGUACGAGGCGGAAUCGUGAACGUUACACGAAGGAGGACGCGGCAGCCAGGGCUGCGGCAAACGGAAUGCCGUAAAUCUCAUGUAAAUUCGGCCCGCCGCUUGAUUUGCAAGCACAAUGCCAGACAAUUGUACGGUCUACCAUCGAGCGGCCGGAUGCGGAGUCUGCGAGUUUCUCCGGUCUCCCUGGUUAACUUCUCUCGUAGACCCGUUCGUUCCACCCUCGUCCCUUCCUCGUCCCCUAUUCGGCCCACGGUCUACCGAUACUCGGUUCCUCUUGCUCCACAUCUUCGACUGCAUCUCUUUGCCCCGGAACCGCGUCUCUAAACGUUUUAACGAUCGUUUUCUCGUUCGUUCGCGCGUUUCAUUUCAGCUCGUUUCAUUUCGCGUUCGUUUCUUGUCUCGUGUCCUCUCGCGUAUUUCUCUCUCUUUUUGCUUCGCCUCUCUCGUUUUUCGUCUCGUUUCGUCCUCACCGCCGGCAGAAAUAUGUUUCGCAGAUAAAAGAGAAUCCCGUGCACGGGGCGCGAUUUACUGGUAGAAUCGGCGCUCGUAAAACCGCGUCGCGUUAACGCAAUGGGAAGCGGCUUCCACCGUGGGUAUAUCUGUCCGUGGUCGGUGACGUACUCGCGGCGAAAGCGGCCGCCGCGAACCACCCACCAUUGGAAUUCGCACCAGUAAUUCACGUUGUCCCGCAGCUGCACGGGAUACCUGCUGCUUCGCGCCGAUCCGUCGCCGUUAACGACCAUUUGAAACCCAGAGACCAUUCCCCGUCCACCAAUUCACCUGGUACUCUUAUUCGCCAACUUCGAUCGUGUUUCUGUGACUCUUCGUGUGUCUAUGUAUCGAUGACCAGUCACAGAGAAACCGAACGAUUGUCUCCGCGGACAGUUUCCGAAUAAAUUGUCCGCCAUUUGAAGGGAGGAAGCAACGUCCGUCGUAUUUACAGACGAAGAAAAGGCGCGACCCGUCGCACUUCCUGUGAGACGACGACGAUCAGACGAUCAAGUCAGAGCGAAAAGAGGCGCGUACUUGUACGGGUGGAAGAAUGGCGCGAGAAAUAAACGAACCAGCCCCGCGACUCGACUCGGCUUGACUCGACUCGAGGAAACUUUCGCCGGAGGCAUGCGCGCAUCGCGAGAUCAGUCUCUCUCUGUCGCUCGGCCGUGAAACGGCGAGCGAGACAUGAGAGUCGAGCGCACCGCGGUCGCACUUAACCGCCGACUAUCAAGGUGCCAACGUAGCCUCCGCCGCGUUCUUCCGUUCCGUUCCAUUCCGUUCCGCUUCGCUCCGCUCGUUCUCUCGCCGCGCGAGUUGGCCACUGGGCGAGCGCGCACGUCCUUCCACCGCGGAUACAUACCCCGCCAGUCGAGAAGCUCGAUCCUUGCGAGUUACCACGGCCUCGUGCACCUUACGCCGAUCGUGUCGCGAUUCCCGCGCUUCUCUCACCUUUGUUCGACAUGACGAGCAGAGAAUCGAGGACGAUCCAGGCCUCGACUGCAAGGUCCUCGGCCAUUGAGCACGCGUACACCUGAAUAACCUUGGAACUCUUCGACGAAGAAGCUUCGUCGUGUCUUUUGAAGAAGGAAUUUACGCAAAGCGGCUUCUGCCAGCUGUAAUAAUAACGGAAGAAGUGUCGAUAUCGAAUAUUGUGUCUCGUGUGUUUUGGUGGGCGUAGACCAGGGAAAGAACUAGCCGCCCUCGACUGCUCAUAAUUCCAGAGAGGAUGAGAUUCGUGCAGAGAUCCGGACACCGUUGGACCUUUCUGGUGCUGCUGGUAACCGUAGCAGCGGCACAGGGUCGCGUCGAGGAAACGCAGAUGGACACGCACGAGGGGUCCACCGUACAGCUGCAGUGUCGCUUCUCCCCGCCGAGGGAAAACGUAACUUGUUUCUGGUUGACGCACACCAAUGACAAUCACGAUAACGCAGCGAUAGACAAUCUCGCGUUAUCGCCUCAGUACAAGGUGUUCAUGAACCUAGAGGAAGGUCGAUACGAUCUUCAGAUACGAAACGUAUCGUACGAAAGGGACAACGGCAAGUACGAGUGCCGUGUGAAGGCGAGCGGCACCGGGCACGACCUGCACCGCAAGUUCAUCACUCUGACUGUACUUAGAGCGCCUGGGCCACCGACGAUCUCGCCGACCUCGGCGUCCGCCACCGAGGGCCAAAAGCUCGAGUUGCAGUGCAACACGAACGGCGGCAGUCCCGAGCCGGAAGUCAGAUGGUACCGCGGCAACGAGACCGCCGUUCUUCACUCCGGCAGAACGUUGUCGGUCGAGCCGAAAAAAGAGGACGACAGAGCGACUUUUCGUUGCGUGAUCAGGAACCGGGCUAUGCGCGACGGUGAAACGUUGAAUGCCACGGUAACCCUCGAUGUCAACUACUUUCCGCGGGUUACCGUGGGUCCGGAAAAUCCUCUGAAAGUCGAAGUAAAUGGAACCGCGAACCUCGAGUGUCGUGUCGACUCGAAACCAACCGUUGGUAUGGUACGAUGGUGGCGGGACGGAAGUUUCGUGGCUACCAGUUUUCAGCACACCAUACGAAGAGUCACCGUCCAAGAUGCCGGCAAAUACACCUGCCAGGCGGACAACGGACUUGGGAAGAGGGGCGAGAGUUCCCUCUUGUUGGACGUUCUUUAUCCACCGACCGUCUCGAUAGAGGGCGAUCCUCUGAGGAUCGCCGAGGUCGAGGACACGGUGACCGUGCACUGUAACGUGACUGCAAAUCCUCCGCCGACGGUGAUCGAGUGGUUGCGUGACAGCCGACCGGAUUUUCGACAACUCGGCUCAAUUCUUCGGCUGAGCCGCGUCACGGCCGAUCACGCCGGAAAUUAUACCUGUCGAGCGGUGAACACGAUUUAUCCCUCUGGCGGCGAGAGGCGAAACUACUCAGCCACCGCUCGGUUAACCGUUCGAGUCAGACACAAGCCGGGUCCAGCCAGGGUCACUCCGGACUCUCCGGUUGCCGUCGAGGGGUCCAGAGUUAUUCUCACUUGUAUGGCCAGUCCAGCCGGCUAUCCAGAACCCAGGUACAAAUGGUGGAAGGAGGGUGAGUCUGGAACGAUAUCGAUGCCCUCGGAGAACACCGGCCCGAGAUACGAGAUCGACUCGGUUCACUUGGGCAGCGAGGGAACGUACAAGUGCCAUGCCACCAACGAAAUCGGCAACGGAGAGGCCGCGUCCGUUAACUUGACCGUGCACCAACCGCCCAAGAUACUGACCAAGUUGCAACCACACGUUACCAGGAAGGUCGGCGAGUCAUCGUUUCAAGUGUCCUGCGUGGCGCAGGGCAAACCCCGGCCAAGUGUUCGAUGGUUGAAGGACGAUCAAGAGCUCACCGCAGAUGAGAGGCUCUACAAGGUGACUACAACAGCCUCGGAGGGUCACGGGAACGUGAUCACCGUGAAUUCAACGCUGAGCUUCCUGGGCCAUGCCCGACCGCAAACGGACGAGAUCGUGGCCAGCGAUCGAGGCAAAUACACCUGCGUGUUCGUGAACGAGGUCAAGAAGGUCGAGUCGACGAUGAUGUUGAAGGUGGAACACGAGCCUAUCGCUUUGCAUCAACACGGCAAAGUCGCGUAUAAUUUGAGGGAGACGGCCGAGGUGGCGUGCAAAGUCCAAGCUUGGCCGAAACCCGAGUUCCAAUGGAGUUUUGGCACCAACGCGGCCAGCUUGCAGGGGUCAUCGAGCGACGGUCACUACGAGAUUUCCACGAGCAGCGACAACUACGACGUGUACACAUCCGUGCUCAGGAUAACCAACAUCCGAGAGUUGGAUUACGGAGAUUACAGUUGCAGAGCGGCAAACGCCCAAGGUAGCAUCACUUCGACCAUUCGACUGCAACCGAAAGGCGCACCUGAGAGACCCAUCAACAUCACGGCGAUGGACGUCGGCCCUACUCACGUAGCUUUGCUCUGGGAGCUCGGUUUCGACGGCGGAUUGCCCAUCACUAAAUACUUCGUCUCUUACAGAAGAGUACCCGGUGGUGACGAAAUCGUAGCGCCGGAUUGCGCCGUUCCUAGACCACCGGCUGGUCAGUGGCUCGAAUUGGACUGUCGUCGAUCUAAUCCGUGUAACGUGACCAGCCUAGAGCAACAUCAGACGUACACGUUCAAGGUUAAAGUGUACAACACGAAGAACCAUUCGGACUAUUCCGACGAGGUAACAGCAACGACCGCAGUUGCCAAAAUUCCUGCGCCGUUGAGAGUUAGCUACGAUCCGGAGAGCGGGAUGCUCGCCAUCAGUGUCGGCGCCACUUGCCUAUCGCUGGUGUCGUCGAUUGAGAAGUUCGAUGGGCCGUCUUCCUCCACGGAUGAGUCGCAGUGGAGGAUUCUCGACGAGUGGCCUCUCGAGGUACUUGGAAGCGCUCCUACUCAAAGGGAGGGUGUCCUGGAUGACUUAGAAUCUCUCGAUACCGAACCUAGACUCAGAGUUAGAUUGUGUCUGAAGGCGGAUCGGCAAAAAUGUGGCGAAUACGCGGAGGCUGAAAUUGGUCCUUCGUAUAUCGCACAAGGUGGAGCUCUUGCAACACCGACAUUGAUCGCCCUUGUAGUCAGCGGUGCCGUGUUUCUGCUGUUCGCUGCGCUGUUAUUGCUCUUUUGUCGGUGUCGACGAAAACACGUCACCAAGGCGAAGGACUACGAAAUGGACUCGAACGCGGUUCGACCGAGCCUCGUCGCCGGAAACGGACAGCAGAGCCAGGCGCCGCCGCCCUACUACGCAGAGAACAAAGCCCUCGAACACAGUUUGGAUCACGCGCUAGCCAUGGAGGAUUCCAAGACCCCGGCGUACUCGCAACCUGGCUACGGUUACCAUCAACCGAACCACAACAUCAAUGGCGUCAACAUGGGCUACAUGGACAACAGCUACUCGAACUCGAAUAACGGGGGCUCGGUGAAUUCGCAAGACUCCAUCUGGCAGAUGAAGUCGGCGGCCGCGAACGGCGUUGGCCAGCCGUACGACCUGGCGGGCUACGCAACCACCGAGUCGGAUUACCCGACCCACCCUCAUUACCUCCCACAGAGGGAGGAUUACCGGGAGAGCCAUAAUCUAAGUCGACAGCAGUUUUGCUCGGAACCAUUCGCCACCGUCGUAAAGUCUCAAAAACACGUCGAUUCACCGUACGACGUGUCCGGUCUACCUUAUCAGGAGAACUACGACGAGGACGCGAAGCCACCUCAGCAGGUCAGCCUAUCGUACGACGAGAGUCUCGAGUCGGGCUACUCGACCCCGAACAGCCGAGGACGCCGGAUUAUUCGUGAGAUAAUCGUUUGAGAUCUGCCUACCGGCUCGCGAGCCGGAAGCACCCGCACCACAUGGCUAUAGCAGGAGGCCACUCCCACCGGAGCCACGUAUCACCCGGUGGACCAUACGCGCGAUCCUCUCCGCCAUAGGAUGGAGAUAGUGAUC